AUGGAGAGAAAGUGGUGGCAGCAAGCACCAGAGGGGAGUCAAGCAGGGAUUGGGGGUACAGGCACUGUGUCAUUUUAUGGUGACAGCUUUGUGGAAUUGAAAAUAGCAGAAUCAUCCUCCCUUACAUCCCUGCAGUUAAGAUUUCGAACCAGCAAGCCACAUGGAUUGCUUUUUCUUGCAGCUGGAAAAAAGGAUUAUUGUUUAGUGGAGUUGCACUCAGGACAUGUACAGUUAAGAAUUAACUUGGGAGCAGGGGAACAAGUGCUACAUUCUCAAAGCAGCUUCCAACUGAAUGAUUUAUUUUGGCACCUGGUGGAACUACGUCAUAAAAAAGAUAGUAUUAUUCUCAUAAUAGAUCAACACUACAGAAGCAAUGCAAAAAUGGCUGAAACUCUCUAUGAACUCAAUGAUGAACAUAAAAUCUACAUUGGCGGGAGAGGUAGCCUUGAUGUUCCUUACCUUGACAGUGCAAUGACCAAUUUUAGAGGAUGCAUUGAUGAUGUAUUAUUUAAUCAGAGGGAGAUCCUAACAUCUCUGAGACCUUACAAUAGUUUUAAAAAUGUACACGAAGUUUCAUUGGGUUGCAGUGAUGAAUUCUUUGCAGGCGAAGAAGAGCCUAUCAGUUUCUUCAGUUCCAAAUCCUAUGUUUCCUUCCCACUAUGGGACAUCCAGGGGGAAGGUGUUUUCGAGUGUGCAUUGCAGACCUCAGCUCAGCGAGGCUUACUGCUUUAUAAUUCUGGGCAAAAAGGAGAUUUCAUUGCCAUGGAAAUUGAGGAUGGACUAAUUAAGGCCUAUAUUGGAAAGAAUAAAAGUAGAACACAGCUUUAUUCUCUGAAGUCAAUCAGUAAUAACAAGUGGCACUUCAUUGAACUGAAAUUUACUGCAAAAUAUUUGCAGCUGACAAUAGAUGAAGAAACUGUGAAGACAUCACUGGCUUCACAUAGCAAGCUACCCCUUCUGAAAGGGCCUCUUUUUAUAGGUGGUAUAGAUGACAGCACACGGGCAGAAGUUAUGAAGUUGGAGCUAACUUCAGUUUCUGGGAAGUAUGCCAGAGGAGGAUCUUUCAAAGGUUGCUUAAGAGACCUGAAAUCCAAUUCAGAAAGGAAAUCAUUAAAGAAUGUUCUGGUUACAAAGGACAUUUCAGCUGGUUGUAGAGUAGAGAGUGCUUUUAAUAUCAGUUCUUCUGCGACCCCUACAAAGACUCUUAUUGCAACGGCAGCCCCAACUUCAGUCAUUUUUUCCAACCAAUUUUCCUCUGGACCUCAAGGCAAAGAGGAUAAUAGUCAUUUCUUGGUUUUAAAUAACUUGAUCGUUCCAGAAGGUGGGCAAGCAUCACUUGAAUCUAAACAUAUUAAAGUAAAUUUAGAGUUUCAUAAAUAUGGGAUUCGUCAGUCUCAAAUCCUUUUUAAAAUAAAGGAAUAUCCUUCUCAUGGUGACUUGAGAUUAAAUAUUGAACAGGGGCAGGAGGAGAAUACAUUUACCAUGUUAGACCUGUGGCAAGGAAGAGUACUCUAUGUCCAUGAUGGCUCUGAGAACACGUAUGAUUAUUUUACUUUUUCCAUUUCUACCAGGAGUAAAAAAGAUAUGCCUUCCUAUCUGAAAGGAAUUGAGCAGCAUGUGUUUAACAUUACUAUAAGUCCAACAAACGAUGAUCCUGAACUUGCACUCCCCCAGGGAAAUGUAUUUCUUCUGUUGGAGAACUCAAAGAAACGCUUGACUGCUGACCUAAUAAAAGUUUCAGAUAGAGAUACAGACUCUGUGGACCUCAGUCUUUCAGUACUUGGAAAACUGAAUGCAGAUGCAGGAUUUUUAGAAAAUUCCAAGCAUCCUGGAAAAGCGGUCACUAUUUUUUCUAAUGACGACUUAAAAGAAGGCAACAUUUUCUUUGUCCACACUGGCGUCAAAAACUCAAGGAUUGUUCUGAGAGCAAGUGAUGGAGAAAAAGUGAGCAAUACAGUUGUGUUGCGUGUCAUGGCCGUGCCUUUGGAUUAUAAAGUCGCCAACAACUCAGGAAUAAAAGUGCUACAAGGUGAAGCAGGUUUGAUCAUGCUCAGUCAUUUGGCAGUAGAAACAAAUGCUGACAACCAAGAGAUGGAGAUAAGAUAUGAGGUCACAGAAUCACCCCGAUUUGGUGAAAUUCAAAGGCAACGUUCUAGUGGGGAGUGGAAGCAAGUAAGCUCUUUUUCUCAACGCUCUAUUGAGCGUGACCGAGUGAGAUACUGCAGUACUUUCAAAGAAAUGCAGCUGGAAAAUGUUACAGAUCAAUUUAAAUUUAUGGUGAGCAUUGGAGACAAAAUCAGUGAGGAGCUCGUGUUUCCAAUUAUAGUGAAGUGGUUGAGGUAUAAUUUACUGAAACAUACACCUCUAGAAAUUGAGAAAACAAAAAAGAAAUGCUUGAAUUCAGAUAAUCUUUUUGCUGUCCUCAUGGAUAUAGAACUGCCUGAAAAUGAACUUCAUUAUAAGUUGUUGUCCCUGCCUAAAAAAGGACAAAUGCUGCUUAACAACCAACCCUUGAAAAAAAGUUCAACCUUUAGCCAAAAAAAUAUUACUGAUUGUAAGGUAGAAUAUGAAUUAAUCAGUAGACCUCAUGAAGACACUGAGGAUUCAUUUAAAUUUUUAAUUCAUACAAAAUAUUUGCAAUCCAAUAUCUAUGAUUUCAAAAUCAACAUCAAAGCAGAUCUCAGAAGCAUUAUUUUGACCAAUAAUGGCUUGACUGUAACAGAAGGUGAAGGAGAACUAAUAACAAAAACGAAACUGCUUGUGCAAAUGCUAGAUAAUAAGGUCUUCCAAUAUAAGGUUACAAAAAGUCCUCAGUAUGGAAAAUUAAAACUCAUUAAUUUUUCAGAUUCUUUAGAGAGUAAUGAUAAUAUCACCAUUUUCACUAAUCAUGAUAUAAUUAAUGAGCGCCUUAUGUAUGUCCAUGAUGACAGUGAGACCAUGUUUGAUGAAUUUCUUGCUGUCGCAUCCGUCAAAGAAUCAGGAACAAGUGUGAACUCUGAUUCAGAUACAGAACACCUAUCAGUAGAGAUUAGAUUUAAUAUCUCUGUUGUGCUGAAGAAUGAUGAGAAACCAGUACGUGUAGUUGAUAAAGUAUUUCAUGUAGUUAAUAAUGGGCAGAGGUUACUGACCUUAGCAGACCUCUGCUACCAUGAUCCUGAUUCUGAUUUUGAUGAUGGUCAGUUGCUGUACACAAGGCGUGGGAUUCCUAAUGGAGACUUGGUGCUAGUGAAUGAUACCACCUAUAGACUGUAUCAAUUCAAGCAAGAAGACCUGGAGCAAAAGCAAGUCCUAUUUAGGCACAAGGGUGCAAGUUAUGGACGCUUUGUGUUAUUUGUAACUGAUGGCAAACACUAUACAUCUUCACUUCUAGAAGUUAGCGCUUCUGAUCCCUAUCUUAGACUAGCAAACAAUACAGGCUUGUUGGUCCAGAAAGGAAAAGAAAAAACUAUUACAAUAGCUAACCUUAGUGUUAUCACAAACCAAGACAUUAGAAGUGAUCAAGAGAUUACAUACAAGAUAUUCUCAUCUCCAAAGUAUGGAAGGAUCUAUGUAAAUAACCUAGCAAUGGAUUCCUUUACCCAGCUUGAUCUGAAAAGGGGAUGUGUGAUUUACAGGCAUGAUGACAGUAACAACCUUGCUGACACAUUUAACAUUACAGUAUAUGCUAAUGCUAUCCAUUUGGAUGUUGGAAUGCAUGUCCAUGUGUACCUGCACAGUCAUCAGCAUGCACCAAGGGUCAUACACAAUAACAACCUUCUAGUUGAAGAAGGAAAAUCAGUUAAAAUCAGUAAGGGAAAACUGCAGGUUGUUCAUGAAAAUAGUUCUCCUUCUGAAAUAGUGUUCAUGGUAAGGACCCCUCCAGUGUAUGGAUACAUUCGGAAGUUUGCAUCAGAAGAAGGUUACACUAGUGCAGAACAAAAGCCGGUUUUGAUCUUUACCCAGCAAGAUAUCAAUGAUGGCACCAUUCAGUAUGUACAGACAGUUUCGGAUGAACUACGAGACCAUUUUUCAUUGGAUGUCACCAAUAGCAUCCAAGAGAUCAGUGGAAUAGACAUCUCUGUAGACAUCAUACCCAAACUGAUUCCAUUAGAAGUGCAGAACUUUACAGUAAUAGAAGGUGGUUCUAAAGCUGUGAUGGAAGACUAUAUAAAAAUUUCUAAUCCACAUUUCACAGGACUCAAUUGUGAAUUUCUUAUAAUUGAACCACCAAAGCAUGGGUAUGUUGAGAACUCUCGCUUUCCUGGAAUAAAGUUAACUAAAGUUAACAGAAAACAGGUGGAACAAGAAUUAAUCUUUUAUGUUCAUGAUGGUAGUGAGAGCCUGAUUGACAAUUUUACUCUCAUAGCAAAUGACACAGAACUGUGGAAACAAAGCUUGCCCCAAACUAUAUUUGUGACUGUUACACCAGUAAAUGAUGAGGCUCCUGUUAUAAGUAAGAACAAAAUACUUAGGGUUUGGGUGGCAUCAGUCACUGAAAUAACUGUUGACGAUCUAUGUGCAGAAGAUAAAGAUUCCUUACCCUCAGAGCUCGUGUACUCCAUUACACCACCCAGCAAUGGACACUUAGCUCUCAAAUCUUCUCCAAACAAAAGCAUCCUUAAUUUUACCCAAGCUCACAUAACUGAAGGACAGCUGGUGUUUGUACACAAUGGACCAAUGUCCGGAGGCUUCAACUUCCAGGUGACAGAUGGUUUGAACUUUGCACCUCGACAGAUUUUUAGCGUCACAGCUCAGACUCUACUUAUCAGCCUAGAAAUAAACAAAGGACUUAGCAUCUUUCCAGGGUCUAAGAAACCUAUUUCAGCUCAUGAUCUGAAAGCUGUAACCAAUGAUGUGGCUAACACAGGAAACAGAACGAUAACUUUUACAGUUUUACAUUCCCCAAAACUUGGAAGACUGAUCAGAACAGAUUCCAGCAACACCACCCAGGAUAUUUUCAGUUUUACCCAAUCCAUGGUGGAUGAAGGUCUGGUCAUUUAUGAGCAUACGCAGAUUGAGGCAGUGGGCUGGAAUGGAGAAGAUUCUUUUACUUUUACAGUUUCUUCCCCACCCGCAACUCUAGAUCUCCAGGUGUUUCACAUUGCCAUUUCAUAUGAUAUUAAUAGACAUGAUCACAAUAGUCAUCUGCUUGCAAAUACAGGUGCUGUUGUCCAGGAAGGAGGAAAAGUCCUAAUCAACAAAAUGAACUUGGAUGCUUCAAAUCUGUUGGUUAAGUUACCUGAGAUAGAACGUUCCAUGUAUGAAGUCUGGUAUCAAGUCAUAUCUUUACCACAGCAUGGCAUUAUUGUUGUUGGCGAAAGAAAUAUUACCAAAGAAAAACCUAACUUCUCCCAAUACAUACUUAACAAAUUUGGAAUCACAUAUGUACAUGAUAAUUCUGAGUCAUUCACUGACCAUUUCACUUUUGCUGUUUGGUUAAACCUGAAGAGCAAGACUGCAACAAAGCCUGAUGCUGACAUUUUGGAAGAGAUGUUUAAUAUCACUGUGGUUCCAGUGAAUGACCAGCCUCCGGAGCUGAAGACAAAAAGGCUGCAUUUGAAAUUCUUGCAAGGAGAUGCAUUUGUGCUAGGGCCAGAAAAUCUGAAAGUUGAAGACUUAGACAACACUCCAGGAGAAAUCAAAUACACCAUCAUUAGCAAUCCCAGUAAUGGCUUUUUAGCAAUGACAAAUGAUCUCACUGUACCUGUACAGGAUUUCACACAAGCUCAUAUUGAUAGUGGCAGAGUUUGGUUUGUACAUGAUGGAAGUUCAUCAUCUGGGGUCUUUUACUUCAGUGUGACUGAUGGCAAACAUCGUCCAUUAUACAAACUUUUCAAUCUUGAAGUCACACCAGUUUCCCUCGUCAUAGUCAACCUUACAGAUGUAGUACUUCCGCAGGGCCAGACCUCAGUCGCUAUUACGUAUGUACAGCUAUCAGCUACAACAAAUGGGAAAAACACCAACAUUAGUUAUGAAGUAACAGAGCCUCUCAACUAUGGACAUCUGAUGAUUGGAAGUAAGCAGGUUACUAAGUUUGAACAGGCAGACCUGCACACAGGGAGACUGUCUUAUCACAUGACAAAUCUCAGUGCAUCCCAGGAUAGGUUGGAGUUCAUGCUGUUCACUUCAGAAAGCAAUCUAACAGGACAGGUUCUGAAAAUCACGUGCAGGCCUUUGGUGCAGGUUGCAUCUGACCUAAAAAUUCCAAAUAGGGUAGCUUAUAAAUUAGGGAUCAGUGAUCUGGAUGCUACUGAAUUAGCUAACAGGACAGAUAGCAACCCCAAAUUUGAAGUGGUAGAGCCCCCAGCUCAUGGCAGAAUUGUAAGAAGACAGUCAAUAAAUGGUGCUAAAUUUGAAGAAAUUAGUAUGUUCACACAGGAUGAUAUUGACAGAGGUCUAGUGCUGCUUGAUAUAGAUGCAAAUAUGACGAGCACUGAUGUUUUAAAUGACUCGUUCGUAUUUAUUCUCCAGGCAGAUAAUGUGCAGCCAGCUGUAGGCUGUUUACAGUAUUCCAUUGUGCCAUAUGAUCCUUUACUUGUGCAGGGUUUUACUACUGAGGUGCGUUUCUCAACCACAGUAAAUACUUUACAGAGUCAUACCACCUUGAAGAGUGAACCACCAGCUUCGUCACAGAAUGAGGGACAUAUGGAAGGACCAAGACAGACUGUCCAUACCAGGUGGCGACAUCAAAAUCGCUGGGGCAGUCAACGUGAUGAGGAUUCAUGGCUUAACCUAGAAGCUGCAGUGAACAAAUCCACAUGGACUGAGACUAUGAUCAAAGCAAAUGGCCAAAGUCCCAGAGUGCAGCUGAGUGAAAGCAGCAACCCUUUGUCUAUCAUUAUCCCUCUUGUGUCAGUGUCUCUUUUACUCAUCGUUUUUGUGAUUUCUGUGUGUAUUCUGUUACUGUGUCAUAAGAAAGAAAAGGCAAAACCCCUCAUCAAAAAUCAAACUCUCAUAGUCCCCAGUAGUCCAGGUCCUUGUCCAGAACGGAGCUUGACUGUGCCCACAGUCACAGUGACUCCUCUGCUUAAUGGGGCUGAAAACCCCACAGCCUCCCCCUUCACAGCAGUCAGAUGUGAACGGUUGCUUCCCACACCGGUUGUUCCAACUGAUAAAAGAUCUUUGCAAAACAAGUGGUUAAACCUUGAUCCUGAGAUGAUACAGCACUGUCGAAAAACAAACCCAACUUUGAAACGCAGUCAGUAUUGGGUAUAGAGCAUGGCUAGCUUUCUAGACAAGGCAAACAAGCUUCUUUAGGUGAAUAUGAUGAUAUCUUUUAUUAGAACAACUUAAAUAGUUAGAAAAAAAUUUUAU